AUGGGCGGCGUGCAUGUGGCUGGGACGGCCGAGGGCGGUGGAGUCGAUGCGCCGAAGAGUCAGAUCGCCCCUGAAACCAAUCCUCAUUGGAAGGCAUGUUUGGUUUACUUGUCUGGGGCCCUGGUGCUGCUUGGAAUAGGCCUCUUGCGUGGAAGCUUGGGUGGAGUAUCAUCGGAGGAGCUCCUUCCAAGGUAUGGCGGACACAACAUGGCCCCCGGACCCAAAAUCUUCGUCCGCCACUUGACGCGGUGCUUCGGCCAGCAACUCUGGCUGACGGUGUCCGAAGCCAUUCGCUUCGUGGUACUGGGCACACUGUUGGUGCACUUCUGUAGGCGUCCUCACCUCCCUUCGAAAGGGCCUAACGGGGGCCGCGAAAGUGAAGAGGAGCGCCGCUGGACGAAGCUCGCGGGGGUCCUUCUGUGUUUCUUCUUGCUCCACACCUUGCUGGUCUUGUUGGUCUCCUUGCCUCCGAACCGUCCGCUCCCCCAGCGCGUGGUGGUGCGCGCCUUCUUCACGGCGGAUACCUGGCGCUUGGCACGACAUGUGGCGGAGCUGUUGGCCUCAGUGCUGUUGCUGGGAGGGCGAUGUUUCUACGGUGAUUUGCCCUUGCUGUGCUUUCUCCCCGUGGGCUUAGUGGCCUUGCUACCGGUGGUGCAGCUGCUGCUAUGGUAUAGACCUAGAGAUUGCUGCCGAGAGGCCGCUCUGAUGUUGGGCUGCUUAAUGAGUGCUCCUCUUCUCUUGGCCAUUGAGCUUGGGCAACUGGCUUGGCAAUGCCGAUGGCGUUUCUUCAACGUCCGGGAUGGCCCGCUGCACCUGUUGAUUGCACUCAUCGCUUGUCCCUUAGCCUUGCUCCGCACUUCCCUUACACCGGCGCUGGUGCUCUUCGCGGCACACUCGGCGUUGAUUUCACUCUGCUUGGUCGCCAGGGGCUUCCAGCACUGGUACCCCACCUGCGUCGCCUGCGUGACCGAGCGUUGCUGCUGCCUGGCGCGGGGCAUUUGCCACGUGGGUGGCUUUCGGCGCUUGGCACGGCGGGAGCCUCGCGCGGAGCUGGUGCCUGCGCACCGUGGCACUUGGCGGCCGGGCAACACCUGGUUCUUCGCGGUGCUGGUGGCUCUGGAAGCCUUUAGCCUCGCGGUGGAGCAGAAGUGGGUGACCUUGCUCUUGUUGCUCUUGGCGCUUCGAGCGCUGCAGCGUGCCGCUCUGGAACCGCCACCUCCCAUGCCUCGCAAUGGCAUCGGCUCGCUGUUGCUGCAGGGGCCCAUGUGGUGGUGUUCCCUUUUGGUGGCUGGCGAGGCCUCCGGGCUGCUGCUGCGAGAGCUCGGCCCGCCGCGGGACUUCCCCAGCGCGCGGUCGGUGGCGGUGGCCUCAGUGGCUUGGUUGCUCCUUUUGGCCUCCUUGGCAUGCUCAGUGAAUUGGAGCCGCUGCUGCUCAGGCUACCGUCGCUGGCAGCAGAGGAACUCGACCUUUGUGCUUGCACUCACGGCGCCGGAUCCAUGA